UGACAACGAUAGUGUGAAACACCGUCCAAACAUGGAGCAUCAAGACGACAGUGGAGCCCACUCAUUCCACCUAACACCCAGAAGAAUCGCAAAUGUUGCGCAGCAAUCGACACCAGAGCUAGCCAACGCAGAAGUUCGGGAGCGGCAAGAGCAGACAAUCGCAGAAGCCUUUGCAAACGACGGGUUUUUCGUUCUGAGACAAUCUCUCGAUUCGGACGCUUUGCUGCCCUUUCGUGACUUUGCAGAUUCCUACUUUGAACGAUGCUUUCGAGACCUCUAUGACCACGGCCACAUUUCCACACCUUCGCACCGCUAUCGAGAGACACUGCCGGGGGGCCAGGGUGUCAGAGACGAAGUUACCGACACUAGCAGAAACCAAGGAAAUUUCGUAUAUACCCUGCAAAAGGGGGUGUCCAAUGGCUUUCGAGAAAUUGUGAUGCGAUCUCCGGGGAGAUACGAGCUCAGUUUGUUGCAAUUCCUGCGGGAGCACAACGAGGACAAGAAUAGCAACGAAGAAAUAUCGAUCGUGCACCGACUGGACGAGAACCUCCAACGGUUGGUAGAGCCAAUGAAAUCCCUGCUGCCACGCCUGGUCGGACCAGGCUACACCCGGUAUGACGAACUCAAGCUGUGCCACCUUUCUCUCUUGAUCGCCACCCAUGGGUCGUCGGACCAGUCCUGGCACGCCGAUGGGGGGCACGCGAGCGUCUCGGAACACCUGCCCUGCCACGUUUUCAACGUGUUCUUUCCCCUGCAAGACACGCCGAGGGAGCUGGGGCCGACCGAGCUGAGACCUUCCUCGCAGUUCCUGACGCGGAACCUCGGCCCGAUGAUGCUGGCGGCGAGGUGCCGCAAGACCCUUCGACCGCCCGUGUGGCCCGAGCUGGCCCUCGGGGACGCGAUCUUCCUGGACUACCGGGUGUUGCACCGCGGGCGGGCCAAUCGAUCGGGCGGAAGAUUCCCGGCCGGAAACCGAAACUACCUCGUCCUGACGUAUUCCGAGCCCUGGUUCGAGGACGUGCUGAAUUUUCCAAAGAGGAGUUUGUACGGUCCGAACGAAGACGACCGUGAACCCAACGCUGGUACCGAAUGCAACAAGCACCAAACACGUUGAAACGAAGUUGACCCAGACGAUUCAACAUUCCAAUACCCGAAGGUUCACGAGUUGCGGUGGCAAACGAUUGAUUCGUUUGUCUGGACGAAAGCUUUGGAGCAAUUGCUUGCUAUUCAUAACCAGUAAGAUUGCUUUCUGCAUGUGAAGAGUAGAUAAAUUGAAACUGAUCCAGUGCCGGUAGAGAUGGCAUCUCUUGUUUGCAGAACUAGUAGUUACUACGCAUUGGGAUGAGUGUUUGCGGUACUGGCAUUUCCUCCUUCACAAAAGAAAUUAGACCCUUUUGGAGCAAAUAGAUGCUAAUCAGAAUU